UUUUAAAUUUUUUUGCCAGAUGAUUGAUUACAGAAAUAUACUAUAAUAAGAUUAAUAAAUAAUUCAUUGAACAGAUAAGAACCUUGGACUUAAAUCCUACCUAUAUAAACACACACAACAUAAGCUUACAAAAUAUAUAAUCCAUACUCCCUAAAAUAGACAUCAAAACAAAAAUGGAAAAAUUACUCAUAAUUUGCAUGUUACUAAUCUCAGUUUUAGUUGCAACUUCACAGUCGCAAACCGAUCCAGAGACAUUCCUCCGAUGUCUCGUAAGAGAAGGAUCAAACCCACAGGUUUUCAUCUCCGACGUCACCUACAUCCCAUCAAACUCCUCUUUCACCACCGUCCUCCGCCGCCGCAUACCUAACCUCCGUUUCGACAAACCCACCACCCCAAAACCCAUCGCCAUCAUCACCCCCACCACGUGGUCACACAUUUCUCCGGUGCUAGCUUGCGCACGCUUGUUCCCUGUCCAGGUCAGGAUCCGAAGCGGCGGCCACGACUUCGAAGGACUCUCUUACACCUCCACAGCUCCGUUCUUCCUCAUCGACUUGCUCAACUUCAAAUCCGUUGAUGUGAAUCUCACGGAAGGAACGGCUUGGGUUGAUACCGGCGCUACACUGGGAGAGCUUUAUUAUAAAAUCGCUGAGAAAAGCAAUGUUCUUGGGUUUCCGGCGGGUUUGUGUACUACAUUGGGCGUUGGUGGACAUAUUAGCGGCGGAGGGUACGGGACAAUGAUGAGAAAGUAUGGUUUGUCGGUGGACAACGUUGUCGGCUCCAGGAUCAUCGACUCUAAUGGGAACACCUACUUCGAUCGAAUGUCGAUGGGGGAAGAGCUUUUCUGGGCGGUUCGAGGAGGUGGAGCCGCGAGUUUCGGCAUCGUGAUGGGAUACAAAAUCCGGUUGGUUCCGGUUCCGGAGAAAGUUACGGUUUUUAGCGUCGGAAAAACCGUCGGAGAAGGAGCCGUUGAUCUUAUAAUGAAGUGGCAGAACUUCUCUCAUAGUACGGAUCGGAAUUUGUUUGUGAAGCUGACUUUGACUUUAGUCAACGGUGCAAAGCCGGGUGAAAAAAAGGUUUUAGCGACUUUCAUUGGGAUGAAUCUUGGCGGGUUUGAUAAGACGUUGAACGUGAUGAACCGGGAUUUCCCGGAGUUAAAGCUGAAGAAAACCGAUUGUACCGAGAUGAGAUGGAUCGAUUCGGUUCUGUUUUGGGCCGGUUAUCCGGUUGGUACACCGACUUCUGUGCUACUAAACCCUACGGUCACAAAAAAGUUGUUCAUGAAACGGAAAUCGGACUACGUGAAGCGUCCGGUUUCGAGAACCGGCCUCGGUUUGAUACUCAAGAAAUUGGUUGAGUUGGAGAAAGUUGAAAUGAAUUGGAAUCCGUAUGGAGGAAGAAUGGGUGAGAUCCCGAGUUCGAGGACACCUUUCCCACAUAGAGGAGGCAAUUUGUUCAACAUUGAAUAUAUCAUAGACUGGUCAGAAGCUGGAGAUAAUGUGGAGAAGAAAUAUUUGGCGCUCGCAAAUGAGUUUUAUAGAUUCAUGACCCCGUACGUGUCUAGUAAUCCGAGGGAGGCGUUUUUGAAUUACCGUGAUAUUGACAUUGGGUCAAGUGGUAAUUCCACGUACGAGGAAGGUAAAAUCUAUGGGGCUAAAUAUUUCAAAGACAAUUUCGAGAGGUUAGUGGAUAUCAAAACCAAGUUCGAUGAGAUAAACUUUUGGAGGAACGAACAAAGUAUUCCGGUCCGGAAGUAAUAAGUUCAAUUCACAUGUAUUAAAGUUUUCAGCAAAAUAAACAAGGAUUAAUAUGUAUUGUUGUCAACUGUAUAAUGAUCUCUGAUUUGAUGAUAAAAUACAAGUGGUUGUUAACUUGUUCUCCUACAUUGCUAAUGAGAUAAUUCUAUCAAUGAUAGUCUAUCAUAUAGUAAUAAAAAUACAUGGAUUGGU